AUGGAGACUAACACCGCAACCCCUGUUUUCAAUGCCGAAAAAUGGAUUGUAAUAGUGCGAAGCUCGCGCGAUAUCGUCCUGAUCGACAGCCUCUACACCGAGCAAGUCGCUCGAGAGUACAGUUCCGUCCUGGACUCCAACAUCGCGGCCGCCGCGUACGAAAUGUCCUUGAUCGUCGCCAUCGCGCGACACGGCUUCGUCCACGCAGUAGGGAGCCGCGUGCGACACGACGAACCGUUCCGGAGCGUGGUGGCAAUGGAGGAGGUGGAUCCAGAAACCGGAAGGCGAGUGUCUUCGGAAACCGUGAUCAAGGUGAUGCGCAAGUCGGAGUUGCAGAGCUAUAAUGUGGAUCCAGAGCUUUGGGCUGAAGAAGAUGAGUAUCGGGAUUUCUUUGAUGCCGUUGUUAAUACUUCGCCUAGCCCUCCUGAGACAUUUGUGGUACGAGGGUAG